UCUCAUUGAUCGUUGUUCUCGCGGGGGCCCCACAGGCGGCGCCGAGACGGGGGUUCACAUGUCACACAACGGAACCCUAAACAUUUCACGCGACGAAGCUGGCGAGGGUACACGUGUGCUCGUCCUCAAGAAUGGGGGGAGUGACAUGGCAGGCGGUGAGGGGCAGGGCGUGGCGCAGUUAUCCAGGGCGUCCUCCCUAAGUAAUGGCACAAGCGCUCAACAUGGCGGCAGUAUUAGUGAUAGCGAAGGGAUGGGGAAUUGUGACGGGGAUAAUGUGAUGAACGGGAUCCUUAGGUCACCCGAGGACGAUGUUGACCCCUCCUCCGACCUCGGGGCGGACCUGCAGCACAUCGAGGAGUGGCUCAAGACCCGCAGUGACAGCCUCUCCAGCUUUGACUUUGACCACGAAAUCAAGUCAUCUGAGGUGGAUGUGAACGACUUCCUAAACCUGAAGGGCAGUGCACAGUUUCAGGUGACAGGACAAGAGGGCAGUGAGGGCAGUGGUUCCUCCAGUGUGAUGCUUAACCAGUUCUCUUUCUCUGAGGAGGGUCUUGUUGGCAGCAGCGGAAGUCGCCGGAGUAGUUUCACCAAGAGGCUUGAGACUCUGAUGCAAGUAGAUAAGGGUCUGUUUGAGGAACUGCUGUUGACAGAUCCCAAUCGUCGUCAGGGUAACCGCAAAGUGGAAAGCUUGCCAUCCCUAACAGGGGAUGAUCGGGGCUUGUUUGAAGAGUUACUGUUGCCUGGGGCACAUGAGGAAUGGGCACGCCAGGCCCAGGAACUGUUGUUAGCUGUCACCUCUGAAAAGAAGGAUGGUGCUGGCCUUCCCAGCCAGGAAGGAACUGGGGAGGCAGAGUCCCCUCUCCACGAGGCAAUGGAAUGCAGUGUGCCAGUCAGUAGUCCUCAGGCAAAUGCAGCAGCAGCAGGAUCUGGUGGGCAUGGUGCCUCUGAUGAUCUAGAUCUGAUGGUGCGCAGCAUCCAGCCCAUUAAGCUCAUGAGUCCACAGGAGAUUGAGAACAUGGCCAGUCGACCUUUGGGUUUUGAUGAAGCUCCUGUGAAGAGCGGAUCUCAGCGAAGUGGUGGCUCAGUUCAUAGUUCUUUGGAGGAAGACUUCAUUUUUCUGCCUUUUGGGAGACAAGAAGUGGAUGAUGGGGCUGCAAUGCCCCCUGACCUAUUAGCUAGCCCCAGCAAUGAAAUUGAUAGUAAGCUGUCCAGCAUCCUAGCUAUGGAUGCUUCCAACGAUACCCUGGAGAUCCCAGGAGCUGAUACUGAUACACUUGAGGGCUUGAGCAAGGUGGCACCCAGGUUGGAAAGGAGUGUUUCUCCAGGAACCUUCUUGGUAAAAUUAGAGCCCCAAGAUAAGGAGAGUUUGGGGAAGGCUGCUUCUGCUUCUCUUACCUCCAGUCAGUCUGUGGCUGCUACCAUGCCACCCCCACAGACUGUUCUGGCUACCACACCACCUCUGCAACCACAACAGCAGCAGCUGCAGCCACAACAAUCAUUGCAGCAAGUACAGCAGCUACCACUGCAACAACCAGUGACAAUAGCAGCAACUACAGCAGUCACAACUUCCUUUCAGGCCCUGCCAUUGCUGAACAUAGGCAGUGGUUUAGUGUCCAAGACAACCACACCUUUACUUGCCACCACAGUGACAGCUACGUGCAGUGCCACCACCACCACAACCACACUAACAUCAGCCAUCGCUACCACCACAACCUCAACCACUUUCUCCUCAUCCUCCUUGUGCUCCUCUUCUACCACCACUUCCUCGGGCAUUGCUCCCAAGAAGCUGCUCAAGAUUCCUGGAGGAUCAACUAGGAGGGAGUUCAAGAAGCUUCCUGUGGGUGUGGUGCAGCUGAGGAUUGGCCUUCCAGUGACUUCCACCUCUGCUACCCCUACUACAACCCCUCUGCCCAUUACCACAGCCACCAGUGCCACCACCACCAGGCCAGCACUUAUAUUCCGGCCCCUCAUUACAAGCCAGCCAGCACUCUCCCAGACCUCACAGGCAAGGUCACAGCGAGUGUCAGCUCCCAAGGAAGGUUCUGCACUGUCCUUUGCACCAGUCAAGAUGAUUCCUGUGCAUCACAAACCAGGUACUGCCAAUGUCACCAUCACUGUUGACCGCCGUGCCAACCUCACCUCAGUUAGCAUUGUCUCAUCCAAUGGUGAACACACUGUCUUCAAGAUAAACACUUGUGACUUGGUGCGUGCUGUGUCCAGCAUCAGAGAGCCUCACCUUGAUCCCCUUGGCCUGACACCACAGCAGUUGCUGCGGUCAGCCCACACAGCACACCGGCUUAUCCAAGAAGUGCACCAGCACGGGGCUGUGCGUUCAGCCAAAGGCUCUGCAAAAGAGUCUGUCUCUGGUCCACAGAAUUUUGAAAUCAACCAGGCCUUCCAGGAGGUCAAGGCACCAAUUUCCCGCUCUCAGCAAGGACAGCUAGCAUUGCUCCGCCAGGCUGUCUCGAGCUCCACUACCUCUACCAUUCAGAGUGGGAGUGCUCGCAUUGUGACGAGUAGCACCUCCAGCGCUGGUGUUCGUCCAACAAUCAUUGGCACCUCCCCACUGCUCACCACAGUACCCACGCCAGGUCCAGUCAUUAUCCCAGCAUCUGUCGCCUCAACAAUGAAUGGCACUGUGCUGACCACAGUCAAGGGUGCAGUAUCAGGCCUUGCUCCACAGAAGGUUUCUGGGGAAAGCACACCAUCUCUGAGACCAGAACCCAAGCCCCCUUGCCUUGCUCAGACAGCCAUACCUGAUAAGUCUCAUGCUGUGAAGACAGAGGGUGUUGGGGUCUCCCUGCGGCCUGGUGCUCCACCUACUAUGGUCUCUGUUCCCUCUGUCCUUGAUAAACUUUCAGCCUCAUCACUGGUCUCACCAGAUCUUCUUCAGACUUCAGCCCAGUCACCAUCAUCCUCAGCUAAUCAUCAGAGUGAUGAAGAUGUCAAUGAAGAAAAUUUAGACAUAUCUACUGUGUCAGAUGAGGUUGCCAACAAAGCUCUAGAAGAACUAGGUAUUCACAUUGACUUGCUCCAGUGUGAGCCUUCGCCACAAGGGGGCAAACGCUGGCUCUGUUCUAUCAAGGGUUGCUCAAAGCACUUCCCAAAACUUUCCUCUCUCAAGGUACAUCUCCUUUCACACAAUGGAAUCCGGCCCUAUAAGUGCAACUAUGAAAAUUGCGACUGGGCCUUCUACACCUGGUACAAGUUGAAGCGACAUAUUGAAACACAUCUUAAACGGCGGGACUUUGUGUGUACAGAAAACAACUGUAACAGAAGGUUCACUACCGUUUAUAAUCUGAACACACAUCUGCGGUUGCAUCAACGUCCCAAAAGUUGGUUGUGUGCCUUGCCAGAGUGCUCCCAAGCAUACCAUACUCGGCGUGAGCUGGAAGUGCACAUGAAAACACACAAGGAUGUUGAGGCCCCUUAUAAAUGUGGUGUGGAUGGUUGCAGCAAGUCUUACUUCACUCCAAACUCUUUGACAUCACACAUGCGCAGCCACCACAAAGAGGAGGAAUUGCGAUGCCAGUGGACUGGCUGUGGCAAAAAGUUUGACAAGCCCUGCAGAUUGAAAGCACACAUGAGAGUCCACACCGGCCAGAGACCAUUUGCUUGUACUUAUGAGGGUUGUAAUUGGUCCUUUCAAAGUGCAAGUAAACUUAGUCGUCACCAACGAAAGCACACCAAUGACCGUAAAUUCACCUGCCACAUCUGCCAGAAGUCAUUCCUUCGAUCAGAGCACCUCAAAGGUCACCUGCUCAUCCACACUGGUGUUAGGAAUUUUCAGUGUCCCAUCGAACAUUGUAAUGCCAAGUUCACUGCAAAGAGCAGUUUGUAUGUUCACCUCAAGAAACAUGAAGGGAAAGCAAAGGAAAAUAACAACAAGGUGACUUACCACUGCCCCAUUGAUACCUGUGACAAGAACUAUAAUUCAAAACACAACCUCCGUCAACACAUGCUGAAGGAACACACCAUCCUUACCACUGAUAACAAUCGCUUGGACUACUUAACUCUGCUGGGGGACAAAGAUCUGAUGGUGGAUCAGCUCCUUCCUCUUACAACAGGCGGAUCCUCCUCUUCUCCUUCUUCCUCCUCGUCAGUGGUCCUAGAGUCAGGGGGCCCAUCCUCCAUCCUCUCUGCAUCUCCAUCAUCUGAUCCACAUGCAACACUGCUGUCUAGCAUUGAACUUAUAAAUGGAGACAUAGACAGCAACAACAUUCCUCCAAUAAUUGUAAUGGAGGGAAAGGGUGGUGCUGAGGCCAUUGACAGCAUUGAUGUUAGUAUGGCUGACUCCCUCAUGGGUGGAAAUGGCUGCAGCAGUGGCACUGAGGUGGAUGCAAUGGAUAUUUCCAGUAUUCCCAAGGAUUCUCUAGAGGACGUAGCUACAUCAGGGGGCGGCUCGGCACGCACCGAUGUCAUAGCAGACAUCAUUCGUUCCCAACGUGCAAAGAGACGGAAGCAGUUCAGUCUAGCCAAGAAACUGGCUGGGAUGGGCUCACGAAAUACUGGUGGGACAGCUGUCAUUAACUUCACCAAUGAUGUUGUGCUUUCAGCAUCAGCAGUAAUGCCUGUUUCAUCACACCUUCAAUCUACCCUCUUGCAGGAUGAUGGUGUUGGUGGUGAACUGUAUCAGGAAACUCUGAUGGGCCAUGAUCUCCUCUCAGACCCAACAACAGACCCACAGUCCACCAUCAACCUUCGUGACCUGGAAUGAGAGCCAUGGAUGUCAUAGCAGGCCCUGCACCCGGUGACCAGGUGGUAUCAUCCCUUACUUUUUUCACGCAUUUCUUUUACUCAGCAGACUAUCAGAAGUAAGUUUGCUACAUAAGUAAGAGACAAAAGAGAGCAUGGCACACAGAGGUGAGGUGAUUUCUGCUGUCAUGGCCUGGAAUUAAUGAGCAGCUGACCAAAAUGAAUGGAGAAAGUUAUGGGAGGUUUUGUCCUAUAGGGGACUUGCAGAGGCUGAUGAUAAUAGGUGGUUACUUAGACCCUUCCAAAUAUAUAUAUAUAUAUAUAUAUAUAUAUAUAUAUAUAUAUAUAUAUAUAUAUAUAUAUAUAUAUAUAUAUAAUGUGUGUGUAUAUUAUUUAAUAAAAUUAGCAAAAAUAGCAUCAACAGAUCGACACAAUUAAAAGGUAUUCAUCACAAGGCAAUAGUUUUUCUGAUACAAACUCCUACAAUAUCAUCAGGCUCCAACCUUCUGUAUUCAUCAAAUGAGCACUUUGUAAUAACCUGAUCAGAGUUUCCACUUUGUGUUAGCAUAGUACACAUGUAUUGAUGAUCUCAUAGAAUUUUACAGUAAUGUGACAGGCAUAGAGCAAGAAUAGAGUAUCUGCAUACUAAAAGUAGUGAUCUAUAGAAUUUCAUAUUAUCAUGCCCUAUCCAGUGAGGCUGCAGUUUUCAGGUUAACUGUGAGGUUGCUUGACUUACAUUAAAUUGAUAUGGAGAUGGAGAGAAAAAAGCCAUUGGUAGGUUGAUGGAUCUUAAGUUGCUACUUUCUUAUAUGAGUUCUUGACGUAAUAUUUUGUGCAUCGUGAGUGCUUGCUAUAUAUCGUGUCUUGAAAAUAGUGCAACAAAUUAAAUUGAAACACUCUCUCUCUCUCUCUCUCUCUCUCUCUCUCUCUCUCUCUCUCUCUCUCUCUCUCUCUCUCUCUCUCUCUCUCUCUCUCUCUCUCUCUCUCUCUCUCUCUCUCUCUCUCUCUCUCUCUCUCUCUCUCUCACUCUCUCUCUCUCUCUCUCUCUCUCUCUCUCUCUCUGUAAAAGGCUUCACUGAUAUGGUUAAUGGUGUGGCCAAGGCCCAUUUUCACCUGAAAGCUUUUCCUGUCUUGUUAAAGGUGGUAAUUGGAGUCUGGUUUAAUUUAUUUGAUUUUAUUGUUAUCUGUUUAUGUGUAGUAGAAUCUUGCAUUUUUUGCAUGUCAUUGACUUUCAAGAAAUUAGUUAAUGCAAGGUGCAUGUGAAUAAAUUUAUGUUGAAAUUAAGUCUGUUAUGGGUUAUUUUGAACUCUAAAAUAUUUCCAUUACUAACUCAUAAGUAGUAUGUCACUUAAAAAAUGUGAAUUACAUGAACAUAAUAUGAGACAUUAAUAGAGGAGGGGAAUGUGUGCCACAUACACACACAC